UAUGUCAGUUUAUUUCACUGACAAAUACACAUUCUAAGCACUCCAAUCGACACAAUUCACCCCCUCAAACACACAUAGCCCUCCCAUUAAAAACAGGGGCAAAUAGGCACACAUAGCCUACACAGGUAUAGUGAUUCACAUGUAGUAAAACAUAUUCAGAUCAUGACGAUACGUUUUAUUAUUGGGCUUAUAGCCUUUAAAAUGGAGGUAAACUGAACAAAGACAUUGUUUAUUGACCAAUUACUAUUUUGUGAGAAAUAUUAUGAUAAAUACAGUUCACAUUCAUAUUAUGGAAUGACCCAGAUUCAAGGUGAGGUUUUAACCUACCUAUUCAAACCACGAAUGACCCGUCAAAGGUAUCUGCGUCUCCGGGAAUAAUGUAAUGGGGUCUGAAUCUUCAAUAUAGGCCAAUUACAGAAUUCAUCCUUAUCUUAAUUUAGAUAAUAUGACUAGUAAGCGGGCAUACACACACACACACAGAGAGAGAUCGCAGAGUAGCUCUCAUAGUCUCACGUCAGAAUUAGACCUUCAUCGAUGUUUCUCAAACAUCACAUUUUGAAGUAGAUAGAGAAAGGUACUCACACACACGCAUUCUGCAUUUUCACUCAAGGUUAUGACAUGGGGGUAUUACACAUAUAAAUAUCAUGAUUUCAGGGUGCUGGUUUCAUUUGCCAACUUAAUAGCCUUCUAAAUGUGACAUUACAGCAGCAUUUAACAUUAUAUCUCUAUCACAAAACAAUAAAAACCCAUUUGAGAAUACUUUUAAUUGUAUAGAAUAUAAUUGAAUGCCAUACCCAUAGAGGCCUCUAGUGGCCAAAAGGCCAUAUCAGCAUGGGCUCCCUGUUGACGUCAUGUCCAACUGUGUUAUCAGGACGGAUAAGACAAUAGUGAAGAAGAAAAUGGACUACUUCAAAAUGGAGAUAGCCUCAAUGGCUCUGCCCAUGCUGUCACAGGUGCUAUAAUGGCACAGAUACAAAGAUGAGUCCUAUAUCUCUAUAGCCAUACCUCAGGUUCCAUGUAUGUUGUGAAAACAAGAAAAGUGGUGAUAAUGGAAAUUGUAAGAUAAUAAACAUGAUAUCCCUUUUAUUCCGUACGUAGGUACAAUUAUACUAUGUUGGUGCACUAAACGUACUCUAAAAAUGUAACAUUGUUCUACCUGUAGUUGCUUAUGUGUGGGUAAUGUUCAGAACAAAAUCAAGACACUAAAAACUAGCGUUCAGCCUACAGGCUACAUGCCAUUGAAGAGCAUGCAUGGACAAAAACAUAAUUUUUUAUCGUAAAUGUCAUUGUUAGAUAUUGUUAACAUAUUCUCAGACAUAUUAAUACAAAAUAUCGUAUAGGUUUUCAAAAUGUGUCCUCAAAUUCCUUUAGAAUGGAAGACUGUGAGGCCUAGAUUCAAUCAGAUCAAGCAUUAACCGGUGAUAGCAGACACCGGCAUAGCAGAUGUUUUGGUGGUUUUGGUCCAACUGCGUUGGAGCUGUCAAAUCGGUGAGCAGCUGCUCUUGUGAUCAUUGUCACGGAGCCACACCCACAUUAAAAGUUCAGAUUGAGAAAGUGUAGGCUAUAUAGAAAUAAUGACGCUCAAAUUGAAAAUCAUUAAAUGAAAUAAUGAGGAUUUCGAUCAUCCUAAUAGAGGUGUAGAUUACAUCUCACAUUCCAGGGUUCCAACUUGUAAACAUGGCUGCAUGGAAUUGCUGGCUGCUGGACAUCUUUUAAUGUGACUCCAUAUAGCCAAUGGCAAUGUCUGCGUUAGGAAUAAUGCCAGGAGCAGCUUGUGGAUUUGACAGCUCUACCGCAGUUCCACAUCGGACACCGCCAAAACAACCUAUGCAUAUGUUGGCUAAAGCGGAUCUGAUUGAAUAGAGCCCUGGAUUCCAUUUCUAACAAGAUGAUGAAAUGAUGGACAUGUGAGGAAACCAAUCAAAAAAGUCUGGCAUUACGUCUAGCUUUUAGAGGUUGGUACAGAAAUCCCUGCAUUCUCCAUAGCCUAUAUGUAUUAGCCUAAUCUUCCUAUUUGAAAUAGGCCAUAGCAUUUAGCUAUUUUUGUUGUUGUUGUGAAAAUGGCCUUGGCAUCACACCAUUCAAUACACAUAAACAUUAAUAAUUUACAUGAAUUGCUGUUAGGCUAUUAGUUAGACUAUUAGUUAUUUGCUUCGAAAUUAAUCAAAGCGUCUCUAAUUGUCAAUAUGCUUAUACCUUUUUCAUCCGGCUCGUUUUUACUUUUUGCUAUGCAACUCAAAUUGCUCUGAUGUUGUCUAAAUUUGACUCAAGGAACAGAAUGAGUUGUGGGGCUAUGGGUUAGACUUAAACAACCUCGAAGUUCACGGAGACGUUUCAUUCUCUGUUCCAAUUCAAGUGAGAUAUAGGCCUAGUAACCAUUCGUACAUUUUUGCAUCAGUUUAAAAUACAAGACGAGCAAGUCUGAUAAUGAAAUGAAAUGAAAAAAAUAGGUUGGAUUGCCCCUUUCAUUAUAAAGCGGCAUAGCAGCAAUAACAACACGCGCCUUAAAGGGGCCCUGCAUUGUUUUGGCAGUAGUUGCUAAACCUGUUUGUCGAUGUCAUUGUAUUACCUUAGUAAACGGAAUAUCAAUCGUGUUGAGCAUAUAUAUUUGAGUAUAAAAACAACAAAAACACUAGACAUACGCCUUAUGGAUAGGCAUUUUCAUAGGGCUUCGGCUGAAAAAACUAUGCGCAUCUUUUGGAUUCUGGUGUUGACUAACACUGUGAAGGUAUUUCAAAAUAGGGAAACACAAUAAUGUAUGAACAUGUUAAACCGUCCUGCAUUUAGAUUUUUUUUUGACUCGUACUCUUAUAUUUUAACUUCAAAACAAUAUGUGAAUAGGCAUACAAAAAUGAUACAUUGAAAAAUAAAAUGAUAUUUUCGCCUUGGUUUAUCAAUAUCAGAAAACAUGAACUAGAGUCCUUACUGGAAAACAAGAUUUUCAUUAUGCAACGUUUUAAAUGCUAGAACGUUAUUUUCAUGGGGAAACUAUAGUAUGUACCCUACACCCUUAGAAAAAAAAGGUUCUGGAUAGAACCAACAAGUGUUCUAUUGCUUGCUUCAUAUAUGGCAUCCCUAAAGGUUCUAUAUAUAACCCUUUUGUAGGGUUCUUUGUUGAGAAUCCCAGGGGUUGGUUCUUCUUCAUUGAACCAACAUUGGUUCAAAAUCGAACGCUUGGGUUCCAUGUAGGAUAAUAUAUGGAACCAAUUUCGGUUCUAUAUAGAACCUUAAGGGGUGCCAUAUAUGAAGCAAGCAUAGAACCCAUUUUGGUUCUAUCCAGAACAUUUUUUUCUAAUAAUGUAUAUAAACUAUAGUAUAUAUUAUAUAUGUAACAACAUAUGUCUGAGUCAAAGAUUCAAUUAGUACUAAAUUAAAAAACCUACACAUAAAUGUCUGCUUACUUGUCUAAAUGGACACAUGGAAUUACACUUGAUAUUUGUCUAAAAAAUGGCUAAUAAUUUUCUCUUCAAUAAACAUUUACACGUGGCGUAAAUUUAUAUUUUUCUCCCUCAAUUUGAAAUCAUGCCUGCAUUUAAAUGAAUUAGAUAUUAGGCACGAAUUACAAACGAGUUGCAGUGGAAAAGAAAGGACCAGAUAUAAUAUAAUAAUCCUUCAUAUAAUUUUGAACGUAAAGAAAAAUAUUUUGGCACCACUCAUUCUUUAUAGGCUCAUGAUAAAUUGUAGAUGCAUCAUAGAUCUAAUUUAAUGUUCUAGCUUUUGGUGAUAAAAAAAACACAAAAAAACAUCAACACUGGUGUAGCCUUCAAAAAACAACAAUACAUAGGCCUAGGUGUUACUAGGACUACUAGGACUAUAAAUGAAAGGAAUAGCCCUACCGUAAAAUGCUCUAGAAAAACAGGGCUGCUAAAAUAAUUAAAGACAAAAAUAUACUUUGGAAUACUCACAUUGGUUAACAUUUUUAAUAGAUUUUAAUCGAACAAACGUUCGUAUGCAACUGCUGGUGCCACAACGACUAGCUACAGUGAUUUGAUUGUAUAGGUUAGGUUAUUGCAAAGUCUACCUUUUAUGAAAAUCAGUUUGCCUAACAAGCCUAGGCCUACCCGAGAGUGGUGCUAAUAAAAUGUACGUCCAUUGGAUUAUCUCAAUGUAUUGACGAAUACCAAAACGAAAAAGCUUUCCUAUAGUGGCAUUGCAGCGACUUCCAAUAAAUAAUCAUAUUUAUCGAAUUAUUUGCGCUGUCUUGUUUUAUGUUAGCCUAUCUUAACGAUUACAUAUUGAACAAUAUUUCAUUUCGGCUAUAACUGAUUGCAAAAUAUUUUCUCUACCCCCUUUGUCCUUCCUCCCGUGGCUUUCUUUUCCUAAAUCUCUCCGCUAGAUGGCACCCUUGCACCGUGCAAGAGUCCCUUUGCUUAACAACUUGACCGCGCUGACGUCACCUUAGUCUGGAGCAUCAAGGCCACUUCUACACGGCUAUUGGUCUGAAAAUCACAUGACAUUGCGCUCCAAGAAUCCAUAAUUAUGUUGCUGAUAUUUUUGGCUCCCAAAAGUUGUCAGUGUCCUACUGUCCUUAUUCUCCUCGAGAAAAACCGUUACCACAGGAACACAAAAGACACCAACAACACCAACAAUACAAAUAAUGUCAUGCCAGGAUAACAUGGCUGCCGGUCAUUUCCUGGUGGAUUCUUUGAUGGGAGGAUCAUCAUCUUCCUAUAGAGGCGAGGGCUACUCCAGCAGCAACCCAGGAAUGUACAUCCACACGGCUGCAUCUGAGUAUGGGUGCUCAAUGAUGAGACAUUUUGGAGUAGUUGGAUCGCCCCUCUCCAAAAAAGACGAGGUUCCUCCGAGUAGCCACCCUCUCCGCUCCUACCAAGAUGCGCUUUACCUGUCAUCCCAACUGGGCACUUGGACCUCAGCUUCUAAAACUAACAGUGACGAGCAACCUGUUGCCCAGUCCAGUUUCCAACCGUGUUCGUUUCCAACCGACAACGUCAAAGAGGAGGCGUUCUGUUGUCUGUAUCAGGGUGACAGUAGCAGCAGGGCUAAUACGGACACUACAGAGUCGGCUACUUACAUUCGGCUUGGGAACAAUAGCAGCAGUCAGACGGACCAAACCGCUGUCUCGGAGGCGUCCGAAUGUUAUGGAGGAGUAAGAGGGGUAUACCCCGGAGAGAGCAGGGGACAGCGAGGGGAGCAGUUCGGGACAGGCUUUGCUUCUUUGGAUCCGGUGACGACAUCUGUUGAAUCACCAAGAGAAUCUACCCAGGAGAAAGUUAGCGAGGAAAUGGGCAUCGAAGAGGAUGAACAGCGAAAGCGCAAGAAAGAAGAGAGUGCAAAGACUGACAGUUGUUCUGAACACUCUGACGAAUUGAAAGAUGAUUUUACAUUGGAAAAUGCUCCAGGAAACUGGUUAAAAGCCAAAAGUGGACGGAAGAAGAGAUGUCCGUACACAAAGCAUCAGACACUCGAGCUGGAAAAGGAGUUCUUGUUUAACAUGUAUCUGUCUCGCGAGCGCCGCCUGGAGAUCAGUAAGAGUAUCGAUCUGACCGAUAGACAGGUCAAGAUCUGGUUCCAGAACCGAAGGAUGAAGCUCAAGAAACUCAAUAGUGAAAGUCGUGGUCGGGAUCAUCUUAUGGCGGCCUACAACUUCACCUGAUAUGAUAUUAUCUAUAAAACCCUUCCAUUUACACACACACACACACACACACACACACACACACACACACACACACACACACACACACACACACACACACACACACACACACACACACACACACACACACACACACAGUGUUCCAUCAUACAAGGACAAUAUUUCAACGAUGCCCAAGAGUAUAUGACUUUAUGAAGGAAGGACUUCAGCAAUUGAGUUCGCCUUUCAACACAUGAACAUUAAAUAGUGGUGCCGUUGCCCUUGUCAUAUAAAGCAAAAAUAAAAGUGAAGGCCUGUAAUGAACACCAACACUUAAGCAGCUUAGAACUGCUGAAAUGAAAACAGACUUUGUUUUGUUUGUUCUUGAGGAAUGUCCCCUUACUCCCUAGCUUAAUCUUGUUGUCUUAAUUUUUUUUGUGUGCUUUUGCUAUGUGUGAUAGGCUACUCGUGCACUGUACUUUUUGCAUCCACAUUGUUGCUCGCGUCAUAUUAGUCCCGUUGAUUAUUCCUAUAUAAAAUAUAGUUUGUCCUUCCCCUUAUUAUCCAUUUGGCACUCUGUUAAGAGAGAGAGAGCGAGAGAGAGAGAAAGAGAGGGAAGGAGAGAGAGGCUGCGGAUAAGAGAGAUUGGGAAGAUCAUGGCCGUUUUAAUACGUUGAUUAAAAUAUUAUCCAGGUGAGCACAUUAAGUCAAGGUCAUAAAAUUCUAACGUCAGGAUCGUCUCGUGAUAGAAGCACGAGCUAGGGGUGGAUUUUAUGAUCUGCAAAUAUAAUGUGCUAGCUGGCUGCUGCAGUUAAGCUGCAUAGUUUAAAGGUGUGUGGAGGAGAGGAUGGAUAGGCUAUUCUACACAGUGGAGAGGGUCUGCUAUGCCUACUGGAUGGAACGAACGCGCUCGACGGGCUCCCUCUGCUAUGGAGGCAGGCUGCAGACUUCUAUUGAGGAUACUGCACGGUUAUCUCAGCAAUAAAGGAAACGGAUGGAUGAUAAACAACAACAAUAACAACGACAACAAGGACAUCAUGAAUAAAUGAGGACCACGACGACAGUGUGUGAGGAAAUUCAAGACAACGAAUCGAGGACGGAGGCAGAAUGAAGACGAGCAUAUAUGUAUCAGUGAUUCAGUGUGCUGUCAUAACAAGGCUGGUGGUCUCCCAAGUAGAGGAAGAGAUGGAGAAAGAUACAGAAACAGAGAUGGAG